AAUCUCCAGAUAUACUUAAGGCCCCCCCAUGUACGAACAGACACCAGUCUACCAGUCCUGGCUGAAGUCUCACAAUAAGGAUGUUGGUGUUAACAGCUCUGAUUACAAACUGCUUCCUGCAGCUUUCUGCUGGAAUAAGUGUGGGUGGUUUCACGCAAGGGUUUAAAAGAGAAGCAAGAGAAUUAAACUCACCAGCACCUAUUGACUGUAAAAUGACUGCUUGGUCUGAGUGGGCACCCUGUGACCCUUGCACUAAAAGCAAGCAUCGUUCCAGGGGUAUUGAAAGGUUUGGGCAGUUUGGAGGUCAAAGAUGUAUAGAACCCAUUGGACAAAAUGCAGUCUGCAUACCAACAACUCAAUGUGUGGAAGAUCCACCACCUGUCUGCUCCCCUACUGAGUUCCUCUGUGAAACAGGCUUCUGUAUUAAAAGCCGGCUGGUGUGCAAUGGGGACAAUGACUGUGGUGACUAUUCUGAUGAGGAGGAGUGUGAUAAGAUCCGCUCCCCAUGUGGCACUGUGGCUGUGACUGAGUCAGACAUCGGUCUGGGUGCUGGAUACGGCAUCAACAUUCUAGGAUCAGGCCCCCGCAUGAACCCAUUUAAUAACAAGAUAUAUAAUGGAAUAUGUGACCGUGUUAGGGAGCCAUCUACAUUGGCUUACAACAGACUGCCCUGGAAUGUUGCUGUCCUUAACUAUGAGACAUUGGUCGAAGAGACUACUUCUAAUGAGGUCUACAAAGACACUCAUUCAGUGCUAAAUGAACUCUCCAAAGAUAUCACUACCAAAACAUCCUUAGGAUUAUCCUUCAAGUUCACACCUACUGAGACAAAUGGCAGUCUCUCAGCUGGAGUCAAAUCCGAAGUUACAAAUGGAGAAAUUAUCAAAAUGAUCACAGAGCACAGUGAAUCUAAUGAAAGGUCCUUCUUUAGGGUCACGGGCAGAGUGCAACUAGGCACAUACAGAAUGAGGUCUCGAGGUCUGGAAGUCACUCAGACAUUCUUGGAUGACGUUGAUGCACUGCCUAUUGAAUAUGAGAAAGGACAGUAUUUUCGAUUUUUGGAGGAUUAUGGGACUCAUUACACCAGGAAUGGAAGAGCAGGGGGAGAAUAUGAACUACUAUACGUCCUCAAUAGUAAAAAAAUCAAAGACAUGAGGAAAGUAGAAACUUUGCUGAAGGAUUGCUUGAAAGUCGGGAUUGACCUAAAUUUCGAGAUCACUGGAAAUUUUUCAGCAGGUUUACAGGCAGACAAAACGACACCACAUGACGAGUGUACACAGCUGAAACGUGGUAACACAGAAACUGAUCAACCUGAGCCACUGAUUGAUAAGGUGAUCAGUGCAGUGAAGGGAGGCACCACAGCAUCAGCAGCAGCAAUGAAGUCUCAGCUUAGUAAAACUGGUGUGCUGAACUGGAGUCAUUAUGUGGAGUGGGCAAGGACACUGACCAGCAUGCCUGCUCUCAUCCACAGUGAUCCUGAGCCCAUCUAUAAUGCCAUACCUUUGAAAUUCCCUGAUGCCCAGCCAAGGAGGGAGAACUUGCAGAGGGCCCUGAAUGAGUACAUGGCAGAGUACAGUGUGUGUAAGUGCCAGCCAUGUCAGAAUGGAGGCACCGUUGCCCAGAUAGAUGGCAGUUGCAAAUGCCUGUGUUCAGUGGAAUUUGAAGGCAUUACCUGUCAGAACAUCCGCCCUGAAUUUUCUAAAAAUAAUGGACCGCCCAUAGAGCAACUGGGGAACUGGGGCUGCUGGUCUUCCUGGUCUAGCUGCAAUGGAGGAAGUCAGAGACGUACUCGAUCCUGCAACACAGCUGGCCUUGUAGGAGCUACAUGUAAAGGAGAUGCAGUCAGCGAGGAAUAUUGUUAAUGUUGUGCGGCCUUUCACUCUACCUGUUUCCCUCUCUUUCUUUAGCUCUUACACACACACACACACACACACACACACAA